CUGGGCUGUAGGGAAGGCGGCAGUGGCGGUAGGCAUGGGCGAUGGGGGCGCCGAGCGCGACCGCGGCCCCGCGCGCCGGGCGGAGUCUGGUGGCGGCGGUGGGCGCGGCGGGGACCGCGGCGGAGCGGAGGACUUGCGAGUUGAUGGGGGUGACCGCAGCCCAACUGAGGUUACCCGGACCUUGGCCUCCAGCCCCGCAGGCUCCAGGGAGAGCGGCGCAGACAGCGACGGGCAGCCCGGGCCCGGCGAGGCGGACCACUGCCGCCGCAUCCUGGUGCGAGACGCUAAGGGGACCAUUCGGGAAAUUGUCCUGCCCAAGGGCCUGGACCUGGACCGGCCCAAGCGGACCCGCACGUCGUUCACUGCCGAGCAGCUGUACCGCCUGGAGAUGGAGUUCCAGCGCUGCCAGUACGUGGUGGGCCGCGAGCGCACGGAGCUGGCCCGCCAGCUGGACCUCUCCGAGACCCAGGUGAAGGUCUGGUUCCAGAACCGCCGCACCAAGCAGAAGAAAGACCAGAGCAGAGACCUGGAGAAGCGGGCGUCCUCCUCGGCCUCCGAGGCCUUCGCCACCUCCAACAUUCUGCGGCUGCUGGAGCAGGGCCGGCUGCUCUCCGUGCCCAGGGCCCCCAGCCUCCUGGCGCUGACCCCCGGCCUGCCGGGCCUAGCUGCUGGCCACAGGGGCACCUCCUUAGGUGACCCCAGGGACUCCUCCCCGCGCCUCCACCCGCUGCCCUCGGCCUCAGCGUCCUCCCCGCUGCCGCCCCCGCUGCCAGCCAUCUGCUUUUCCUCAGCGCCGCUCCUGGACCUGCCUGCCGGUUACGAACUGGGCUCCUCGGCCUUCGAGCCCUACGGCUGGCUAGAGCGGAAAGCAGGCAGCGCCGGCAGCGGCAAGAAGGCUAACACUUAAGACUCCCGCCCCGCGUGACACUGAGUCCUAAGCACAGCACCUUCCCAGCCUCCUGUGCCCCAGUGGACUGCACAGAGCAGGCUCCGGAGAGGAGGGGGGCAGCCACACGCCCUCCCCACUGGCCCCAGCUCAGAGACUCGCGACCAGAUGGCCUUGGUCCUGCAGUAGCGUGUGUGAGUGCAGUGUGUGUGUGUGCGUCUCACUGAAUAAAAGGAAAACAAUGACAAGAAGGGAAA